AUGAGUUUAAUGUCUCAUGCCAACGUUCCCCUUCAAAAUGGGAAAAAAAUGAAAAAAAGAAAAGAAUUGGAUGCAUUGGUUGCAAAAACAAGCAUCAAACGUUCGGGUGAUUCUGUAAAAAAAUCCUGUAAUGUCGGUGGGAUUAGCAGUAGGGAUAAGCUUUUAUCCGAUUCUACUGACGAAUUAGAAUAUUGGAUGUCACCCGUUGGUUGUAAACCCCCUCGAUGUCACCGUCGUAAAUAUCUAAUACGAAAGUGGGCUUGUUUUGCUUUCCUAAGAACGUGUUCUGCUAUAUUAAUGUUUACUUGUGUCAUAGCAAGCACGACAGUGAUGUGGCUAUUUGUUGACGUACGAGAACAGGUGACGUCACUGAGAACGGAACUCAAUCAAGUUGUUGCUGGGAAUCAAGGAGUUCCGGAUGCUUUACAAAAAUGUCAUACUCUGUCCAAGGACCUGCAAAAAAAUCAAACUCUCAUAAUGAAUCGUUUAAAUGGAUUUUCAAUUUUAUUUACGAAUUUUAGUUUGGAAAUGAGUGAAAUGAAAACGGGUUUUCAAACCGUCCAAAGUCAACUUAAAUCCUCUCCAGAUCUCGUGAAUAUUCCCCUAUUAUUAAAAGACUUAUCCGCGAGUGUCGCAUCUUUCGGAAGUCAAAUAAAAGACCUCAAUUCGACCGUAUCCACGUUGAAGGACCAAAAUGGAAAAUUGGAUGCCUUGGUCGGGAGUCUAGUCAAUAAUUUAACGGAUACGAGGAAAAAAUUAACGGAUUUAUCAAAUGCCAAAUUUGAUAAGAGUGACGUGAUGGAAAAAGCAUUCGCUGUUGAGAAAAAGGCCAUUUUCGACGUUCUCAAUCAAAUUUCACGUAAUUUGUCAAUAAUUAAUAAUACACUUAGCGAAAAAUUGCAAUGGACUGCCAAGGAUCAAUUAUCGGAUCAUAAAUCCAUUGAAAAUUUGAGGGAAAUGAAUGAAAACGUGACGGCUCGAGUACAAACACUCGAGGGUUUAUGCGCCAAAGAAUCAAAUACGAAAACGUCAAAUUACGAUUCCUCGACUUCUUUUCUUCGGGGGUCUUCGACAAACCUUUCCAUGCCACUCACCGUGAAAAGUGAAAAUACAUCAGAAGAAAAAACAAUCGAUGGAGGGGAAAAUCAUUCACAAUCAUCUCAACAGAUGAAUAGAGGUCCACAAUAG